AUGGGAGAUCGAGAGCUACCUGGAGUGUUGGUGUCUGCAAUUGAAGGGCCACAUGGUAUCUGUGAGGAUCAUGUUGGAGAUCUGCAGAAACACUUUCAUCUCAUUGCCAUGAAAGAAUUUUUGGAAAAUAAACCACAAUUCAGUCAGAAGAUCCAAGCUGUCUAUAUAUGGGGAGGAAAACCAGUUAUUACCCAGGAGCUCCUCCAGAGCCUGCCCUCCCUGAAGGUGAUUGCCAGCGUGGGGGUGGGUGUGGACCACCUGGACCUGCAGCUCAUCGCCUGCUUUGGUGUGAAGGUAGCCAACACGCCAGACGCCGUUUCAAACCCCACAGCAGACCUGGGGAUGGCCCUGCUGCUGGCCUCGGCUCGCAGGGUUGUGGAAGGUCAUCAUUUGGCUGUUGCCCCAGAUGCAGAGGGCGUUUCCAUCAACUAGAUGGGUCAGGACGUGUCAGGGGCCACGCUGGGCAUCGUCGGCAUGGGCGCCAUCGGCUACAGGAUUGCUCGAAGGGCCCAAGCGUUUGACAUGAAGAUUCUGUAUCACAACAGGAGCCGCAGGAAACUGGAGGAGGAGCAAGCUGUUGGGGCCACUUACUAUGCAAGGCUGGAUGACCUGCUGCUGCAGUCAGACUUCGUGAUGCUGGCCACGGGCCUGACGCCCCAGACGCAUGGGCUAAUUGGAAGGAGGGAGCUUGGGCUGAUGAAGCCCACUGCCACGCUCAUCAACAUCGGCAGAGGUCUGUUAGUGGACCAAGAUGCGCUGGUGGAAGCUCUUCAGACUGGGGUCAUAAGAGCUGCGGCACUGGAUGUGACAUACCCGGAACCCCUGCCAAGAGACCAUCCUUUGUUGACGGUGAAGAAUAUGACUCCGACACCUCACAUUGGAAGUGCCACUCACCAAGCCAGACGACAAAUUAUGGAGAAUUUGGUUGAAAGUAUCCUGGCUGCUGUCAGUGGCCUUCCCGUUCCUCGUGAAGUGCUACCUAAGUGA